AUGGAUCCCGCCGUCGCGUGGUAUCAGCCCGAGCAGGAAGGACCCGCGAAGCGACUCUGGCUUCGUAUCUGGGAGACUCAAAGUGAAAUAGACAAAAUGAACUUAAAAAAUUUAGAAAACGCUAACCCCAAUGUGAACAAAGCUCAAGACUUUAUACCAAUAAAUGAUGUAAAUGGUGAAAAUAGGAAUAAUAAUUAUUUUAACCCCGCGCGGAGGAAAGCGAACGACAACCGCGCAUCUACGUUUAACCUGAACAAAAACCACGAUGCGCUCAUAGGUGAAUACGGUGGCUGUCCUUGGAGGCUACCGAACUACAAUUAUAAGCCUGGUAUAUUAGGGCUGCACGAGGAGAUCGAGCACUUCUACCUGUACAUGUCGCCCACGGAGACGGAGCACCUGGUGCGCACCACGGUGGUGAACCGCAUCCGUGGCGCAAUCCUCGCGCUGUGGCCCCAGGCGCGGGUGGAGGUCUUCGGCUCGUUCCGCACCGGCCUCUACCUGCCCACCAGCGACAUCGACCUGGUAGUCAUCGGCCAGUGGGAGAAGCUGCCGCUGUGGACGCUGGAGCGCGAGCUGGUUGUGCAAGACAUCGCCGAGAAGGAGAGCAUCAAGGUGCUGGAGAAGGCCACCGUGCCCAUCGUCAAGAUGACCGACAAGUACUCUGAUGUCAAGGUGGAUAUAUCGUUCAACAUGAGCAGCGGUGUAAAGAGCGCUGAGCUCAUCAAGCAGUUCAAGGAGAAGUACCCGGUGCUGUCGCGGCUGGUGAUGGUGCUGAAGCAGUUCCUGCUGCAGCGCGACCUGAACGAGGUGUUCACCGGCGGCAUCUCGUCGUACUCGCUGAUCCUGAUGUGCAUCAGCUUCCUGCAGCUGCACCCGCGGCCCGAGCGGCUGCGGCAGCCGCACAACCUGGGCGUGCUGCUCAUCGAGUUCUUCGAGCUGUACGGGCGCAAGUUCAACUACGUGAAGACCGCGAUAAGGGUCAAGAACGGCGGCUCGUACGUCUCCAAGGACGAGAUACAGAAGGAGAUGAACGACGGGCACCGGCCGUCGCUGCUGUGCAUCGAGGACCCCCUCACGCCGGGCAACGACAUCGGCCGCUCCAGCUACGGCGCGCUCCAGGUCAAGCAGGCGUUCGACUACGGGUACAUCAUCCUGCAGCAGGCGGUGGGCGUGGGCGUGGGCGUGGGCGGCAGCGCGCUGGUGGCGCGGCACAGCGCGCUGGGCCGCGUGCUGCGCGUCACCGACCACGUGCUGCAGUACCGGCGCUGGGUGCGCGACACCUUCCAGCCCUACUUCUUCCCGCGCGCGCACCACCAGCUGGCGCUGCUCCACGCCCACGCCCACGUGCCGCCCCACGAACCCCACGAGCCCCACGAGCCCCACGAGCCCCUCGAGCCUGAGCGCGAGCCGGACCGCGAGCCCGAGCCCGACCUCGAGCCCGAGCCCGAACUGGACCACGAGCCGAGCGACAGCGACCCGGAGUGGUCGGACGGCGCGGCCGGUGCGGCGCGCAGCUCGCCGCCGCCGCUGUCGGCGCUGCAGUGCUCCUCGCCCACGCCGCGCCGCGUCUCCGCGCACCAGAGCCUCAUCAUCCACCACAUCACCAGCAACUCGGACUUCAACAACAUACCCUCAGGCGUGAUGCAGCAGCGGUUCGGCGGCGGCGGGGGCGUCGGCGGCGGCGGGGGCGUCGGCGGCGGAGGGGGCGUAGGGGGCGGCGCGGGGGGCGACGGCAAGGGGCGCGCGCGCUCGUUCGCGGCGAAGCAGCGGCGCUUCCCCGGCUCGCCGCCGCCGCGCCGCCCCGAGCCGCGCCACAAGAAGCGGCGCCAGUUCGCGCAGCCGCCGCAGCGA